GUAUGAAUGGAAACAGGUUAUCAUGUCACUUUUCCAGAAAAAACAAAUAUAUAAGGAAAUAUUCGAUGAAAUUAACUGGAUAUUUUUGAAGCAAAAAUUAAAAGAUUAAAACAUUCUAACAAAUACAAAUUUUGUAAUGCAAACUUCCAAAAAUACUUUUGAUGUGUAAAUAGCUUAGGUUAUUAUAUUCUUUUUAAAUUUGAUAAACAAUUUCUGAAUCAGAAAUUACAAGUGUAUUACAUAACUUUUCAUUAAUAAUCGUAUUUUAAUCGUGUAAGAAAGGCUCGUCAAAGCAAGAAGAAUUUCAAUUAUACUUUUAAAUCACAAUGUUUAUGUCUAAGAGGUUAUUAAAAACAGCUGCACUUGGAGUAAUCGGAUUAGGCACUUUAGCAUCCUUGAGAGCAAAUGAAUACGAUCUUGGAUCUAUAGGAAUUGUACGUCUAGGACGUGCCGCGGUUACUGUUUUUAUAAUAGGUAGACAUUAUCAGAAUGAAUUAUAUGCAAAUAAAUUGAACCGAAAUACUCCGGAAUAUCAGGACUUAAAAUCAAAAGCACACAAGUACGGAGCAGAAAGACUUCUAGAGCUUUGCUGUGCCAACAAAGGUGUUUAUAUAAAAGUAGGUCAACAUAUUGGUGCUUUAGAUUAUUUAUUGCCACCAGAAUAUGUUAAUACUAUGCGAGUAUUGCAUAGUUCAGCACCACAAUCGUCUUUUAAAGAUAUAAUUACUGUUAUUAAAGAAGACUUCAAAAAGGAUCCCUAUGAAAUAUUUGAGAGUAUUGACCCUGUACCUUUAGGUACUGCCAGUUUAGCACAAGUCCAUAGAGCUGUAUUAAAAGAUGGUAAUGUUGUUGCUGUCAAAAUUCAACAUCGUGCGGUCAAAACUAAUUCUUACGUAGAUAUAAAGACUAUGGCAGUUUUGGUAAAAUUAACAUCGUUAGUCUUCCCUGACUUUAAAUUCGAUUGGCUUGUUGAUGAAACCAAAAAGAACAUUCCUAGAGAAUUGGACUUCACGCAAGAAGGAAAAAAUGCUGAGAAAAUUCAAAGAAUAUUCUCACAUUACCAUUGGUUGAAAAUUCCAAAAAUAUAUUGGGAGAUAUCAUCACGUCGUGUUCUAACAAUGGAAUUUGUAGAAGGAGGACAAGUCAAUGAUUUGAAAUAUAUUCAAAACAAUAAUUUAAAUCCAUACGAAGUCAGCAGCAAAUUGGGACGGCUUUACAGUCAUAUGAUAUUUAUUGUGGGCUUUGUACACUCCGAUCCGCAUCCUGGUAAUGUCUUAGUUAGGAAAAAAAAUAAUGAAACAGAAAUUAUACUUCUAGAUCAUGGAUUGUAUGCAAACCUUUCUAAUGAAUUUAGAGUAGAAUACUCUAAACUUUGGUUAGCAAUAUUAGAUGGUGAUAAAUCUGCAAUGCAAAUGCAUUGUGCUAAAUUAGGUGUAGCAGACUUGUAUGGGCUACUGGCUUGCAUGGUAUCGGGCAGAUCUUGGAAUACAAUUAUGGCUGGUGUACAGAAAACCAAAUACGAUAUGCAAGAAAAAGAAGAAUUUCAAAAGGAAAUACCAAACUUGCUACCACAAAUCAGUGAUGUACUGGAAAGAGUGAAUAGACAAAUGUUACUGAUUCUUAAAACAAAUGAUCUUAUGCGUUGCAUAGAAUAUUCCUUGAAAACAGAAUCUAGAAAAUCAGGCAUGAUGGAGAUGUCAAAAUGCUGUAUACAUUCUGUGUAUGAAGAAAAAUUGAAAUCAUGCACCAAUACAUGGGCAAGAUGGAAAGUUUCCAUAGCUAAACAAUGGAUACUUUUCAAAUUAUCGCUAUAUUAUGUGUAUUUAGGAACAUUAAAUUUUGAUAUAAAGGAAUCUAUAGAAUCACUUAUGAAAAAUGAAUUUUAUGCUUUUUAAGAAGAGCUCUUUUUAGGUAGAAAAUAUUUUUAUGUAAAUCAAACAUGUAGUUAAUUUAAUGAU